AUGUCCCAAGCAUGUAACAUCUUGGUAUCAGAGCUGAGCAUGGAGGAGCAACGGGUAGCACGCUUGGAAACUGAAGUGGUCUCCCUAGCCACUGGACAAGAAAGAAUACUCAAGGAGAUGCAAGAGAUGUUCUCAGCCAUGAAUGCUCACUUGGAUCAAAUUUCUCGAACUGGUGAUGGAUCCAGUAUUGCUUUCAAUGGUGGCGGAGGCCGAACAUUUGGAAGUGGAUCCACCACUCCAAAUUCUGGCAACUCUUACCUUCCUAAAAUGGUGAAGCUAGACUUUCCUCACUCAACGGAUUGGAAGAUCCCACAAGUUGGAUAUGUCGUGUUGAAUAAUUCUUUGACUUUCACCAUACUCCAGAAAUGGAGAGAGUUCUAUUUGCAUCAUUUAAUCUUGAAGGGGAUGGGCAAUUGUGGUUCCAAUUGA